AUGAACUCAACACAAGUUUCUUAUUUCAGACUCGGUGCCUACUUAGAUGCUGGGUUGUUAAAAUACUUGUUUUUCAUGAUUGUUAUGUUGAUCUACAUGAUUAUUCUUUGUGCCAACCUUUUGCUACUUGUGCUGAUCUGUGUGAACAGAAGCCUUCAUGAACCCAUGUACAUCUUCCUGUGCAGCCUGUUUGUGAACGAGCUGUACGGCAGCACAGGUUUGUUUCCUCUCCUCCUGGUUCAGAUUCUCUCAGACGUUCACACUGUGUCUGCUCCUCUCUGUUUCCUGCAGAUCUUCUGCUUGUACUCGUAUGUGUGUGUAGAAUUUUUCAGUUUAGCCGUCAUUUCUUAUGACAGGUAUCUUGCUAUUUGUCAUCCUCUGCAUUAUAACAGCUGUAUGACUGUCAAAAAGAUCGCCAUGCUGAUUGCAGCAACAUGGUUAACCUCUUUUCUUUUGGUUGUUGGCACCACGUCUCUGAGUUCCCCGUUGCAGCUGUGUGGGAACCUCAUUGCCAAUGUGUUCUGUAACAACUAUUCAAUCGUCAAACUAGCGUGCUACGACACCCGAGUGAAUAACAUCUAUGGCCUCUCCAUCACUACCUUCACUGUUUUUGCUCCUCUCAUUUUGAUCUUCUACACCUACAUGCGGAUCCUCCACGUAUGUUUCUGUGGAUCCAAGCAGACGAGACAGAAAGCCGUCAGCACCUGCACACCUCACCUCGCCUCUCUGCUCAACUUCUCCUUCGGGAUCAGCUUUGAGGUGGUGCAGAGCAGGUUCAACAUGAAAAACGUUCCCUCUCUGCUGCCUGUGUUUUUCUCCUUGUACCUUCUCACAUGUCAGCCGCUCGUCAACCCGCUCAUGUACGGCCUGAAAAUGUCCAAAAUCCUCGACGUAUGUAAAAGUCUGUUUUGUUCUAAAGCUUCCAUCAUCAAACUAAACCGACGAGCCUGA